CAAAAGCUAAUCGUGUGCCGUUUUCUAGCGUUCCUAUAUAAACUAAAAUUAAAUGAAAAAAAGUUGGAUUUGGUCAAAAAUUAAGGCGCCAAAGAAAGCGUUUGAAAAUUUUGUGCUAUGAACAUUUAUGAAACAAAAGACUUGCAUAAUUAAUACAAAAGAAAUUGACCAAAUUCCGACUUUCGUUACCUUUUCGUCAGUGCAAAUGUAAAUAAUAAUAAUCUUAUAGCGUUCACCAAUAGUGCCUUAUCUUGUUUAAAAUCUUAGUAAAAUGCCGAGGAAUUUUCUUGUGAAAAGAACUAAACAUUCUAACAAUGUCUCAUACAGGGAACGGAGCAAUUCUGGCGAAGACACCAUACAGAUUGCGCCAGUUUAUGAAACUUUAAACACCACAACAGACUGUGAAAAUGUGAAAACAAACUAUGGGUCACCUGACUCGGGAUAUUCCGUUAGUCCCCUCAAUUUGGUAAUGGUAUCAAAGGAUGCGGAAAACAACAAUUGUGAAGUUAGUAACAACAAUAAAACAUCGGAAUGUUUGACUUUCACACCAACAAAGUCACCAUUAACUGUAAGUACUAGUUCUUAUCCAUCACCAUUUUAUUAUUCAACAUUUGACCGGCUAAGUGUUUCGUCAUCAAACAUUUCACCAUCUUAUUCACCGAAGGGUUCACCAUCUCAAAGUAGUCCUAAUAAGAGGAGGGGACAAUCUGAUACCAAUGAAAUUAAACCAAAGUCAAUAAAAAAGCCAAAAGCUGCAAGAAAAAUUAACUUUGAUGAAGAUAAGUCUUCUCCCGUUUCUGGCUGUAUAAUCAAAGAUCUUUCCGACUGUGAUGAUGGCAAAGUUGUUUAUGGGGACAUCGAUAGUACUUAUAACUACGUAGAAGUAACACCAGAGGCCAGGGCAGCGAUAGAGAAGAUCGAAAAUAAAAUUGGUGAAUAUAUUUGCCGCCUUUGUAAAGAACAUUAUGACGAUGCUUUCAAGUUAGCGCAGCAUCGAUGCCCGCGAAUUGUACAUGUCGAAUAUAGAUGUCCAGAAUGCGACAAAGUGUUUAGCUGCCCUGCAAAUCUAGCAUCACAUAGACGUUGGCAUAAACCAAGGCAGACUACUUCAAAUAAACAAUCCGUUCCUUCAAGAAUUUUACCAGCAAAUAUCAACUUAAACCAACUUGGAACUUUGGACAAUUCGAAACCUUUGAACUUAAACAAACGAAUUUUAUCAGUGACAGCCGGUGAUCUCAGACACUCGCCCUCAGAUGAAGGCCAAUAUUCAUGCGAAACUUGCGGAAAAACGUUCAGACGUCAGGCAUACUUGCGAAAACACGUGCUCAAUCAUGCCAAUGACCAACAAACGACGAGAGCAUACGAAGAACCACAGAACAAUAACAUUACGAACAAGAACGGAUGUGAUGUUUGUCUGAUUCCAACUAACUUAACAACCGAUAAGACGAUGAGAGUACAAAACAAUGACGUUUAUAAGUGUAAAUAUUGUGCAAGUUCAUUUUUUAGUUCGCCAGGAUUGACGAGACACAUAAAUAAAUGUCAUCCAACAGAAAAUCCUCAGGUUAUUUUACUACAGAUUCCGCCCUCUGUAAGUCGUCCAUGUUAAAACUUUUAUGUAUUGUAUAUGUUAUUAUAAUGUAUAUCAUGUGCCUUUCAUAAAUAUAUAUAGUUUUUAACCCCCUUUACUAACUUUUUUGGUAGAAGUAUUGAAAAACAUCAAGAAUGCAUAAUGAAGUGUAAUUUAGUGUAAUUUAGUGCCUUUAAAGAGUAACUACGUUUAUAGGGACGUUCUUUCAUUUGUUUUCAUGGAUAGGAUACGCGUGAAUUAUGUUGAGUUAUUAUAAGUUUUAUUAAGUAUUCUUAUUUUUACAUGAUUUAUUUUUUAUAUUUAUUUUUAUUUAAUUUGCUAUCAUUCAAUAGAUUUUAUUUAUUGCUGUUUAAUAUGAGUAAAGUAUUAGAUAAUUAUUUUUAUAUUUUAUUAAGUAUUUUACUUUUUAUGUUUAAUGCGCUAUUAUCGUUAUUAAAUCAAUCUAUUGUUGAUAGUAUUUUAAGUCGAUUUGUGCAAUGUCCUAAGUGCAAUAUAGAUGAUAUAUUUAUAAUUUAUUGUAUUUGAUUUUUUCUUAUUGUUUGUGCAAUAUCUACACGUGCAAUAUCCAUUUCGUGCAAUAUUUAUUUCUUGCUAUUUAUUACUGUAUACAUUUCAGGCCAAUCAGGUGCAAUAUUGAUGUUUGAUGAUUUAUUGUUUUUAAAGUACCGUAAACUAUUUAACAAAAAUUGACAGAUUGUUUGAUUUUUCUAUCGGAAUUCACUUCGUCAAAUCAGAUCUUUGUUUCAUUUAGUUAAUUUGAUUACUUCUAUUGAUGAAUACCUUUAUCGGGUCAUUAAUAUACCUUUUAGUUUGCUCUUAAUUUUCAUUUGGUCAGAACAAACAAAACCUAUCGUUUCAUCUUACAAACCAAUCAAAAACACUUCAGUUUAUUUUCAAUUAAAGUGCAAUACAACCUUUUCUUUACAUACCGUGCAAUACUAUAGUGAAGGAAUGCAUAGUCAUUUUUUAUGUAUGUUUUGAUGUUGUUUUUUAUUAUUUAUAGACAGGCCGGACACGUGCAAUAAUAUAACUGUCCUAAAACGUUAAUGUGCAUAGCACAAGUAAGGUAUGGUCGGAGUUAUGUGCAAUUUUGUAUUUUAUUUAUUUUUAUAUUGUUAUUUAUUAUUUAUGAUAGGCCGGACACGUGCAAUAAUAUAACUGUCCUAAAACGUUAACGUGCACAUUAUAGCACAAGUAAGGUAUGGUCGGAUUUAUGUCCAAUUUUGUGUUUUAUUCAUUUUUAUAUUGUUAUUCAUUAUUUAUAAUAGGCCGGACAUGUGCAAUAAGAUAACUGUCCUUCGACGUUUAUGUGCUGAUUGUAGCACUAUUAACGUAUGCUCGGAGUUGUGUGCAAUUUUUAUUUAUUUAUUUUUAUCCCAUUUUGUACCGUUAUUUAUCAUUUAUUACAGGUCGGACAUGUGCAAUACAAAAACUGUCCUAAAACGUUGAUUUGUUCAUUGUGGCAAAAGAAACGCAAGGUCGGAAAUGUGCAAUUUUUCUUAAUUUAUUUAUUUAUUUAAUUUAUGUUGUUAUUAUUUAUUCAUUAACAUCGGACAAGUGCAAUAUUAAGAUUACUGUCCUUAAAAGUUAGUCUGAAAUGUUUUCAAUUGUCGCUUUGGCUGGACAAAUGCAAUACUGAAAUUGUCCCUCUUAAAACGAGCAAAAGAUUUCAUUAAGCUUUUAUUAGUAGUUAGUUUAGUUUUGGUUUAGUUGGGUCAAAGACCUUUCUUAUUUUGCUCGAUUUUAUUAUUUUUAUUUGUUAACACUUUUUGUUUGCUUCUUAAGGGAAAAAGAAUAAAUAUUUUAUUUUUUAAUCAAAAAUUGAGAAAAAGUCGACAUUUCGAUGCAAGAUAUGAUGGUCUUCAUUUAAUCACAUUGUUGCCUUUAUAGUUAUUAUGUACGUAAGCCUUAUAAAUAACAUUUGCAUUGUGUGUUUUAUUAGUUUUUUCAAUAAAGAUUUGUGCGUGAAA